AAUGUAUACAACACUAGAAAUUGAUUUACAUAUUUACUAUUUAGCUAUAAAAUACAAUAUUAUUCAGAUAUUGCUAGCUAAGAUAUAUUUGACUAGUGAUAAAAAUGGUAUAGGUUCAUGCUAUCAAUGCAGACAGAUAAUCUCACCCAAACCCCACAACAAAUCUCUACCAGCACUGCACCUUAAACAUUACAUACCUUCAUGAAAAGCUUGUUUCUCAACUGAAAAUUUUGUUUUUUGUUUUAAGUACUGCCCACUUCAUAUUAUCUCUUUAAUACAAUAUAACUCAUCUUCUUGAACUUGAUUGAUAUGCCCAGAAAGAAGCAUUGAACCAAAACUAUAUAUAUAUAAGAACAACCCAAUCUUUCAUUGUUUCAAGGCAAGGAAACAAACACAUUUUCCAAUUAAGCCGAUCUUUCACUAAAAAGCUAAUAAUGGGCAGCGAAGAUAAUGGGGAAGUGAUUUUGUCAAAAAAGGCCAACCCAGGCAAAGCCACCAUUUUGGCACUAGGCAAGGCCUUCCCUCACCAACUUGUGAUGCAAGAAUAUUUGGUGGAUGGGUAUUUCAGAGAUACCAAUUGUGAUGAUCUUGACCUCAAAAGAAAACUCACUCGACUUUGCAAAACAACGACAGUGAAAACCAGAUACGUAGUAAUGUCGGAGGAGAUCCUAAGAAAAUACCCAGAGCUUGCUCUCGAAGGAAAACCCACCGUCAAACAAAGGCUCGACAUUUGCAACGACGCCGUAACAGAGAUGGCCAUAGAAGCUUCCCAAUCCUGCAUCAAUCAAUGGGGUCGACCCAUUUCCCACAUAACCCACUUGGUCUACGUCUCAUCCAGCGAAGUCAGACUCCCCGGUGGCGACCUCUACUUAGCCGCCGGACUCGGCCUCAACCGCCACACCCAGAGACUCAUGCUCAACUUCGCCGGCUGCUCCGGAGGCGUCGCCGGUCUCCGGGUCGCAAAAGACAUUGCCGAGAACAACCCAGGUAGCCGUGUUCUUCUCGCCACUUCGGAAACCACAAUUAUUGGCUACAAACCUCCCAGCCCAGAUAGGCCGUACGAUUUGGUUGGCGUUGCUCUGUUCGGAGAUGGUGCUGGAGCCAUGAUUAUCGGGUCGGACCCUGACUUGGGUAUAGAGAAGCCUCUGUUCGAGCUUCAUGCUGCUGCACAGGAAUUCUUACCUGGAACUGACAAAGCCAUUGAUGGAAGAUUGACUGAAGAGGGGAUCAGCUUCAAGCUCGAUAGGGAGCUUCCCCAAGUGAUCGAAGAUAAUGUUGAAGGGUUUUGUGAGAAAUUAAUGGAAGUGGUUGGAUUUGAUAAAGAGUACUAUAAUAAGAUGUUUUGGGCUGUUCAUCCUGGAGGACCGGCUAUACUGAAUAGGAUAGAGAAACGGCUUGAUUUGGUGCCGGAGAAAUUGGUUGCUAGUAGAAGGGCUUUGAUGGAUUAUGGGAAUGCCAGUAGUAAUACUAUUGUGUAUGUUUUGGAAUAUAUGAUUGAAGAGAGCUCAAAGAUGAUGAUGAUGAAGAAGAAGCAGCAGGGUGGCUAUGGCCAUGGCCAUGGCCUUGGCCUUGCCCAGGAAGAGCAGAAUGAAUGGGGUUUGGUUCUGGCUUUUGGACCAGGCAUUACUUUUGAGGGUAUUCUAGCUAGGAAUCUUACUUCUUUCCAACCAUAAUAUGAUCCUAUUAUUCCUAUUAUUACUAUUACACAAUGAUUCUAUACGUACAAUUUUCAUGAAAAAAACAAUAAAUAAAUUGUAAGACAAAUGAAGUGUAUUGGACAUUUUGUUUCUUUUGUUUGAGACUUAGUCAGUUGGAAAUAAAAUUCUCCUUUUUUUUUU